UCAUUUGUAUACCGGUAACGAUACAAGUACAUUCGAGGCUUUCUAUCAAAGAAUCGUGUUAUUAUUUCUAUUCGCAGCAGAGAUGUAGCCGAUUACCGCAUGAGCCGACUAGUGCGGUAGUUUUGUAAAAAUUAUCUUUAUAAUCUUUAAAUUUUCUUAUUUUUCUUAGUAAACUGUAAUAGUAACUAGUAACUUUAGGGUAUCUUAUAAAUUUCGCAACAUCUAUGUAAUAAAACUUAUCAAGUUAUAUAUGGUAACGUAUUGUACACAUACGUUUUGCACAAUAUCAGCAUUGCAAAUUAAUUGAAAUUAUGGGGCAUCUACUAAGAAGCGCUUAUAUUCUUGGCACCGGAAAGGAUUAUGACGGAACUUCAGACUGAGGACUGUGGAGCAAUAACAUUCGUUCACACAACACGGCUGUGAACACAACAUUCGACUCGUAUUCAUAUAUCAGUGGCAAUGUCAACUUCUAUUGGAACCGAGAUUCAACUUUAAAGUGUCAUUCGCGUCAGUUUAUCUUGUUUGUGACAUAUUGUUGUAUUAAAAACGUAUCGUAUAAAUUAAACGCGGAUCGUAACGUGGUGUUCGAUUUUUUUUGUGCAAAAGAACCUGUAGUGACGAGCGCGUGUGACUGUUCUAAAUGGUCAAGUGUUGGUGAUGGAGUUUCAGUAUUAUGGAAACUUCGAUCGACAGUCUCGUAGGCAGCACGAUCAGCCGUGGUGGGACGAGGAAGACAACCUUACUGACAGACGGCUCAAUGGCAUGUCUUUAGACGAGGGUAGACAGUCGCAGCGGCCAUACCGUUAUGGCAUGGUUCUGCUAUGCGCAGGCGCUCUUAUAAACUGGCUAGGGCUUGCCGAGGACUACGCAGAACCAGUCCGCUACGUGGGUGUGGCUUGCAUCGUCGCCGGCGCGCUGCUCAUCUGUGCAGCUAUGUGCUGCUGGCUGCAAUCGCCUGCCAGACAGCCACAGAAUGACCGCGCAUCGCCAGACACCCACCAAAUUGACGAUCCUAUCCACGUUAUUUCAAUGCCAGACGAGGAGACGAUGCAGCAAAAACCUCCAGACUAUGACACCGUUGCUGGAGCACCACCAACGUACGACGAUGCUAUCAAGUUGAACCCGGCGCGACUGUUGCCUGCGACCAGCAGCGCCCGAAGCUUUGCCGAGACCCCGCAAACUCCCAAUUCCGACGUUACGAUCAUUCCGGGUCAACUGGACGAAGCGCACGGACCAGCCACGCCUCCCUCGGCCGUGGUGCCCGUCCACAUGCCGCACGUGCAGACGCAGGUCCCCAAGACCCCUCCGCCGCCGUACAGGCCCCCGCAGGCGAUCAGAUGAAAGGUUGUCAGGAAAGCUGUGUUACUUUAAAUCGACUGCUGUUUCAUGUGAUGUGACCUGUAAAUAUGUUAAACAUGCAUUGUGAGCGGUUGAUCACUUUCGUGGAACUCCACGGACAUCUUAUUGAAAUGUUACGGUAUUAUUUAAUUAUAUCAUACAUAUCCACACAUGGAACGAUUUUUUUGAAUUUAGUAGGAUGUCGAGCGUAGGAACGAUGCGUAGGUACUUAUGUGAUAUUAAAACGUAAAUAUUAAUUAGUUACUUAAUUAACCUACCUGCUGUAUAUAUUUAUUAUAAAAAUAUUAGUUUGUUGAAAUGUAAGAAAAAAUGUACCUAAAUAACAAAAAUCUCUUCCAAAUGGCAUGAAAUCGUACUACUCAGUAUGAAAUGGAACCAUCAAACCGAAAAAUAAAAACGUUUGUAGGAAAUUAAAGCAGUGCUAGAGCUGUGCCAUUAAUAAUGUUAUUAAUUUAGUUACUUCCUAUGUAUAAUCUUUAAAAUAUUUGGUACAGUAUUAUGUGAUAUUGACCAGGGCAUGACCUAUUGCCACUAUUAUAAGAAUUGCACUUCUCUUGCUCAAUCGAUUGAAGUCGUAUCAUUACAUUAGACUGCUUGAUGUAACAAAACAAGGAAAGAUUGACGAACUAUAAAUAUACUAACGAGAUACGCUAAGGCAACUGAGCAUUUAACAACAAUAAAACUAAUUUAUAACAAGGUUGAUUCCUUUAGCGUUUUUGCAAAUUUUCAUAGAAAAAAAUAUAUAUACAUAUGUAUUGGCACGAUAAUCAGCCUGUAAUAUAUCGUUGAUACUGUGUAGCUAGUGACUUGUGAUAAUUCAUUAUUAGUUUAUAAUAUUGAUGGCGGGAAAAGCGAACGCAUUGAUUGCGUUUUUUGUACUUUAGAUGUUAUUGCAUUUGUCAAACUAUCAUUCACACAAUUCCUGUUGUCAAUAAUCUUACGAUUAGAUUAAUGUUGAAAUACAAAUCGGUUUGUUUCUAUUCUAGUCUUAAAUUAACGACUACAAUAAAUAAACUCUUUGUUAAUCACCAGGCAAAAUAAUUUGUAUUUGUACAAGUUCUUAUUGCACAACUUGAAGGUGAUUUGUCAAUAUUAAUUUUAAAGUAUUUAGUUAUUAUUUUGUUAUUUUAAAUAAUUCUUUUUUGAGAGUAAAAUUGUAUUCGUAAAACCGUUCAACUCAAGAUCAUUAUUUUGUCAUAUUCAUGUAAUUAUUGUGAUCUUUUUUACGGCAGCUU